GAUUCUUCUGCUUCUACGUUUUCUUCUCUCUUAGCAUGUCGUACAUUCACCUCUCGAUCGAGUUCCCCAAAAAGCCCACCGCCAAGCUUUGACUAGCGACCUGCAAGGACCAAGACGGGCAGCGAAUCCGGUGGAGGUGGCUUUUUUAGGACAUGUGAGAGAUCUAUUUCAAUCAACUAAAAAACACCCGCCCUCCGGAUACCUACAGGAGAGAUACUUCUAUAUCUGUCGCACACGCAGCAUCUGAGUUCGGGUUCUUGCAUCGCGGUCGCAAUGGAAGACUAUUUGUUUCGACAUUACGUUGAUCAGUGUCGCGUUGUCAAAGAAGAGACCAGCUACAUCCAGGUCUUCAAUUACUCGGAUCCGUUCUACGAUGUCUGUGAGGAGCAUCCCUUGCCCGAUGAUGAAUUUGACAACUUUCUUCAUCAAAGGGGUGCCUUUGCGCCGCCAGAUCAUCUGAGGUCUGGCACCAAGCUUCUCAGUGGUGUACGAAUAAUAGUUCAAAAGAACGCCAAGCAUCCCGAUACGUUUCUCCCAAAGGUUAUCUCACUUCCGCCGGAUAGAUACAGUUCCAUGGUUCGUACCUUGAACUUGCCACAUCGAGGAAUCGAAACGACUUCAGUAGUUGGUCCUUUUUUCUGGUCUGCUCACGACCAGGAUGAAGACGAGCCCCAUUUGCAAAUUGUCCACCGUAAAUCAGAUGUUCUCAAGAAAGGGAGAACACGAGGCUGGGAGAUGCUUCUCUCACAUUCCCUCAAGACCGGGGUCACCACCGGCUUCAUCAAAGGCACUCCCAGCUCAGAAGUUGAAAAGUCCUUGACUCAUCUCAAAGCAUGUGCUAACCAAGUUGGACAUCCCAUGUUACUCCCCAUCAUCAUCCUCACGUAUGAUCUAUCUCCCGAAAAUGACGAGAAACAACGAAAGGCUCGGCACUGGCUUCGCCGUCUCGAAAAUGCCGUGAGUUUGCGCAAUGAAGUUGAGGAGCAGGAACAGUACUUUCAAAACGGAUUUAUCGAUAUCGAUGGUCUAAGUCGUGAUCUGGUUGAGUGCCACGGCAAUGUCAUGUGGAAACGACCUCAAGCAUAUGAAGCACUAGUCAAAGAGAUGGAAAAGGCCAUGGAAACCUUUCGUUUCGCUUGGAUGACACUGGCUCCUGCGGCCGAGGAGCAAAUUGAAGCUGAAAGAAAGCACCGCAAGGAAAUUCAAAAAUUGCAUCGAAGUAUGGCAUCUCGUUUGGACUUUUACAAAGUCAAGCUCAAAGGCUUGGAGAAUUACAUUCAUACAACUCUCGAGAGACUCAAGGUUCAGCGGGAAGCGCUCUAUAAUAUCAUGUCACAGCGUGAAGCGAGACUGAACCUUGAAAUUGCAGGAGAGCAGAGGCGAAUAGCCCAUGCUAGUAAGCGAGACAGUACGGCUAUGAAGACAUUGUCGCUCAUGGGUGCCCUAUUUUUACCCGGGACAUAUCUCGCAUCCGUAUUCAGCAUGACAUUCUUUGACUUUGGAAAAGAUGCCGACCCUGUCAUUUCUGUUGAGCUUUGGGUGUACUUUGCCAUAACGGUUCCCGUAACGGCGCUGAUAGUCGGAGCCUGGACGUUUAUCGACAAACGUCGCCAAGAGCAGCACAAAAAGGACGACGCAGACCUGGAGAAGAAUAUCGACAAGAUGGAAAAGGAGAUCAUGUUUGCCCUUAGGAAGCGGACAAUGAGUAAAGCCAAUACCUGGAACACUGUCAGCCCACCCCCGAAGCCAUGAGGAAGAGGAAGCCAUUGCUUGAAAUUUUGAUGCCAUUAUGGAAAUUCUUGGCCACAACGAGAUUUACGACUCAUGAACACAAUGACGCCAUUUGCGACGAUAUGGACGACUUCACUUCAUAGAUAAAACCAAGUUUGACGAACGCGAUGCAUUAUAUAUAUAUAUAUGUAUUUGCGUAUAUAAAUACGAUACGUUAAAAUAUGAGCGUCUUAUGACAGGAUCAAUAGCUGCCUCCAUGAUAUCCAGGUAGCAUCCAGUCCGUUUCCUCAUGUCCGACUUACAAUAAGAAACGACUCACGCAUGAACACGUCAAUAAAACCCUAAUUAGUCCUUCAACUCCACGACGGUUUAUCCAUACCGACUUUAGUAGGGAAGAUAAGACAGUACAAAAGCAUAAUAAAAAUCAAAGAGUUCUUGCUUUUCCCCAAAAGACCUUGCGCCGCCAAUGUAUAGAAAUGAUGUUGCUAGAUACGAAUCUGGCCUUCGCUAGAACCACCAAACCAUCUACGGAAAUCAGGUCCCGAGCUUGAUGAUCCAGCACCUGCAGUAUCAUCGUCGCCACCCAUCCACUUUGGCUUCUUGAUAUCGUUAAACCAUUUAGGGGCUUCGAUACCAUCCAUGGUGUUUUUCAUACGGUGACCGAUGAUGGUAAAGAGGUUAUCGUCUUCCGGCGGCUCGUCGUUCCAGUUUGCACCAUAGCGAUGUUCUGGGCCACGGCGGGCAUUCGCAGCUGGACCUCGAGCUGGAGACCGAGCAGGAGAAGAAGCGGCGCCAUGGGCGGAUGGUAUAGACAAAAUUGGAGCAGAUCUACCACCAACUGUUCCAGCAGCCCCUAUUCUAGCAAGUGCAUCUUCUCUGCGAUGAAAGAGGGUGUUUCCACCUAGUUCACGAGAGAUGAGAUCUCGGCCUUCCCGCCAGGAUCCGGUACCAUAAGUGGUGCCAUUCUCUUCUUCGUCGUCCAUUACAUCCAUACCAACAAAG